AUGUCUCGGAACUUACACUUCCGAACUUCCCUUGACCGGGACGUCUAUCAGAUCAUCAAGAGCAUCGAGGCAACCCACCACGGUGCCGAGCCCUUCAAGCAGUCCGUUCCUGCCAUAUAUGAGGCUAUCAAACGGUCCAACUCGAGUCUCAGCAGACAAAAGAAACGCACCCUCGAGGACGCCAUCGACAGGGCGCUACAGAUCCGCAAGCAGGAGCGGCAGCAGGACGAGUCGGGCGAUUCAGAGGCGGCCAUCGACGAGGCCGAACCUCCAAAAGUGACGGAAAACCAGUUCUUGCUGAACCGCCAGUUGACAAAGCUUUGGAAGAUGGACCAAAACUCGCGGGCAUCAGGCGAGCAGCCGGCCGCUAAGAAGCGCCGUGCUCAGGCCGACGGAGACGACAACGACAGGUCAAAAGCAAAGACCCAACAGAGAUCAAGCCGCUACAUCGUCGAACAGCCCGGGCAGCCAGAGCCAUUCGCCGGCUACCGCAAGGUCUAUCUCGAGCUCUUGCGCUACGCUUGGGCAUUUCUACGAGGCUCGGGCCUGUUCAGUUCCAAGACCAAGCGGUUGACUCAAGGCAUACUACUCUCUGGGCCGUUGGGCGUCGGGAAGAAGACUCUUGUUCGCAUCACGGCGGCAAGGAUUGGCGUACCGAUCGUCUCUUUAGCUCGCUGCUUCCAAGACCCCGAGCGAAUCGAAAAGAGCCUUUCCGAAGCCUUCGACACGGCCAUGAGUCUGGCCCCGAGCAUCAUCUUCAUCGAGCAGAUUGAUCGAUCAUACAAUUUCGCAAAUCAGAUGGCGCGGAUUCGCAACAGCGUCGGGCAAGAAGGCCGUGUGCUCGUACUGGCAACGACAUCCAGAGCCGCCGAUGUCGACCCGGCGAUCCUCAGGUUUGGUCUCAUUUCCGAGUCAAUGCAAAUGAGGAUACCAGACUGCGCCGCACGACGAGAUAUAUUGAGAGCCUUGACCAAGAACAUGGCUCUUGCUGAUGAAGUGGAUCUGGAUGAGAUCGCCAAGUCUACCCAUGGCUACGUUGGUUCUGACCUUGCGGAGAUCGCGGCCCGCUCAACCAGCAACCUUUUGAUGCGAAUGGCCGACGCUGCCGAUCCCGGCCAUGUCAUGCUCAGCGAACAUCUGGACUUUGGCGUCCACGCAGAUUUCUUCACCAAGUCAAUCCCCCAUUUCACGCCGUCGCUAAGACAAGAAGGCUUUACCGUGAUCCCGAGCGUCACCUGGGACCAGGUGGGCGCCUUGGACAAGGCCCGCAAGCAGCUGCAGACCUCCAUCAUAGGGCCGAUCAAGAAUCCAGAGCUCUACCAAAACUUUGGCGUGAAUCGGCCGGCUGGCGUGCUACUCUGGGGCCCUCCCGGCUGCGGCAAGACUCUGAUCGCGCAGGCUGUCGCCAACGAGGCCCAGGCAAGCUUCAUCCUAAUCGAUGGGCCGGAGCUGCUUAACAAAUACGUGGGCGAGUCGGAGCGGGCCGUCAGGGAGCUGUUCCAGCGAGCGCGGUCCUCGACGCCGUGUAUCCUCUUCUUUGACGAGAUCGACUCCAUCGUGCCACCGCGCAACAACUCGUCCACCGAUUCGGGCGCCAGGGUGGUCAACGCCCUUCUCGCCGAACUCGACGGCGUCAAGGAUCGCACGGGUAUCUACGUCAUCGGAACCACCAACCGCCCGGAGAUGAUUGAUGAAGCUAUGCUCCGCCCUGGCCGGCUCAGUGUCCAGCUCCUCGUCGACCUACCUACGCCCUCGGAGCGCGUCGACAUUCUGCGCGCCAUCUACCGCACACGCCACAAAAACGCACCGGACGAGACGCUGGAGCGGCUGGCCGCCGUGGCCCUCGAUGCCCGUUGCACCAACUUCAGCGGCGCCGACCUCAGCGGCCUGCACACAAAGGCCGCCGAACACGCGCUCGAGGAGUGGGUGGCGGCCGGCGGCGGCGGACCGCAGGUCAUUGCUGAGAAGGACUGGGAGUAUGCGCUGGCAAACACGAGCGCGAGCGUCAAGGAUAUCGCCUCGUACAAGCUUCGGGCAGCCGAGUUUGUGUAG